CUUCGCCGCCGCUCGGUGCGCGCCAGGUUUUGCGCCUCGCCGUCGGGGGCGAGAGAGACUCACUCUCCGGGCCGGCGAGGCCAGCCCAGCCCGAGCUAGGGCGCGCUUCAUUCUCCGGAACGCCCGGCGAAGAGUUCCUCGUCGGAGGCAGAGUAUGGAGGGCGCCUCCUCCUCCUCCUCCAGCCAGGAGUAGCGCCUCGAAGUCGGCAUGGCCCUGGCCGGCCCUUCGCCGGAGCUGCGCCUGCCGUUGAUCCGGAUCUCCGAGGCGGAGAUGGAGCUCUACUACCAGCUCCUGCGAGCGGCAGGCCGGGCCGAAUCCUUGGCCGCCGCCGCGUCAGCUCUUCCAACCUGUGCGAGAGACAUUGUUGGUGAUUUGAUGAAAGAAUUUGCGUUUCUUUCUGGUGGGCGAGGGAAGGACAACGGCUGGAUCAUAACUUUCCCUGAAAAUCCCCAUUUCAACCAAAUGCCUGAGGAGGUUGUAACAAAAGUUCUAAACUACUUAACUUGGAUCCCAAGCCGACGUGAAUUGGACGCCAAAUUUAUCCUAAUCCUGGACAGAAGACUGGAUACGUGGACGUCAGUCAAAAUGACUCUGCAAAGGAUAGCAGCCUCAUUCCCGGGAAACUUGCACCUUGUGAUGGUCCUACGCCCUACCGGAUUUUUCCAGCGCACUUUUACUGACAUUGGAUUUCGGUUUAGCCAAGAGGACUUCCUACUCAAACUACCGGUUGUGAUGCUGAGUUCAGUCAGUGACUUAUUGACGUACAUUGAUGAAAAACAGUUGACACCUGAAUUUGGGGGCACCUUGGAGUACUGCCAUAGUGAAUGGGUCAUCUUCAGAACAGCUAUCGAAAGUUUUGCGCUAACAGUGAAGGAAAUUGCUCAGAUGUUGCAAUCCUUUGGCAUGGAACUGGCGGAAACAGAGUUGCCAGACGACGCCUACUCGAUCGAGCGCAUCCUGGCGCUGCGCACAGAGAAGUACUACCAGCUGAAGGAAGAUAUUACGGCAAUUACCAAAGAGGGAAACAUGCUCUUGUGUAGUUUAGAGAAGCCUGACGUGGAUGAAUCUGGUGAAGAGCAACCGCAGGAGAGAUCUGGUGACUGGGAGACUGUCAACCGGUUGCUUGCACAGUUGCAUGAGAUGGAAACUGCUUUUGAUGGAUUCUGGGAGAAACAUCAGCUAAAGAUGGAACAGUAUUUGCAGCUCUGGAAAUUUGAGCAACAAUUCCAAGAGCUCAGUAAAGCCAUUGAAUUUUUAAUGGCCCAGCAAGGAGAACUGCCAGAUACUGGAGAUAACAUCUCUCAAGUAAAACAGAGGCUAUCAGACUUGGAUAACGUGGACAAAACGGCACAGGAAUUGACUGGGAAGGCGCAAGUCAUGAUCCUUCAUGGGCACCAGCUGGCAGCCAACCACCAUUACGCCCUCAACUUGAUCUGCCAGCAGUGUAAUGAGCUGCGGCACCAUUCAGACGUCCUGCUGGAGGAAAUCAAAAGAAAGCACAGCUGGCUCCAGCAAACCUUGGAUCUCCUCACCUCCCUGCAGCAGGCGCUGGAGUGCUGUGAUGAAGGUGCGUAUCUUCUGGCCAACCAGCCAAUGGAUAAAAGCCAGUCUCGGGAAGGUGCCCAGAAAGCUCUUCAAGACAUAGAGAAGUUCCUUGAGGGCUCUUCGCCGCAUUUAUAUGCCGAUCCGCAAGCCCUGUACUCUGACUUCGAGCUCAUUUUAACGCCUGAACUCAAGGCUCGGAUACAGACGGUCCAGAUCAAGCUUGAGAACGUGCGGAGCAUGUUUGAGAACAGACAGGCUUGCUUCAAAAAGCUAGCAGACAAGCAAGCACGCCCAGUGCAGUUGGUGGCCCCGCGGCCAGAAAACCCACCCCGGUCAAAAUCUCCGCUGUUUUCUCCAAAACAUGGUGUAGAUUUUAAUUCCAGUUUGAAAUUUUCAUUUGAUAUCUCACUGCCUGGGAAGAAGACUUCGAGGAAAUCUCAGAGCUCCCGUAAGAUUGAAGUAAUGCAUGAUUAUCAAGAGAAAAGGAAUUCCUUGCAGUUCUGUAUUUCAGAAAGUGAAGACAGUUUAGACAUAUUGAAAAGCCACGUGAUAAAUGAGCUCAUAGAAACAGAGAGAGUGUACGUGGAGGAGCUGUUCACCAUUUUGAUGGGUUACAGAGCUGAGAUGGAUAAUCCCACAAUGGCCUUCCUCUUGCCACCCCCAUUGCAAAACCGCAAAGAUGUUCUUUUUGGGAACAUGCCCGAGAUUUACAACUUCCACAACAAGAUUUUCCUGCACCAUCUGGAAAGCUGCCUUGAAGCCCCGGAGAGAGUUGGAUACUGCUUCUUGGAAAGGCGGGAAGAUUUUCAGAUGUAUGAGAAAUACUGUCAGAAUAAACCGCGGUCCGAAUCUCUGUGGAGGCAGUGUGCAGAAAGCCUCUUCUUCCAGGAAUGCCAAAGAAAACUAGACCACAAACUUGGACUAGAUUCCUAUUUGCUCAAACCUGUGCAACGAUUGACCAAGUACCAACUGCUUCUGAAGGAGCUGCUGAAAUACAGCACGAGUUGUGAUGGUGUCCAGGAGCUCCAAGAGGCCUUGGUUGCUAUGCUGGAUUUGCUGAAGUCGGUCAACGACUCCAUGCACCAGAUUUCGAUAACCGGCUACGAUGGUGACAUCAGUGAGCUUGGCAAAGUGCUGAUGCAAGGAUCCUUCAGCGUGUGGAUGGGACACCGGAAAGGACCCACAAAAAUGAAGGACUUGGCCAGGUUCAAGCCCAUGCAAAGGCACCUCUUUCUGUAUGAGAAAGCACUAGUAUUCUGCAAGAAGAGAGAAGACCAUGGCGAUGGCUAUGACAAAAGCUCCUCGUACAGUUUUAAGCACUUUCUGAAAAUGAGUGCUGUUGGAAUCACUGAAAAUGUGAAAGGAGACCAUCGGAAGUUUGAGAUCUGGUACAGUGGCCGGGAGGAAGUCUAUGUUGUUCAGGCACAAACGGUCGAUCUAAAGAUGGCAUGGUUAAAUGAAAUAAGAAAGAUUCUGUUCAAGCAGCAAGAAAUCAUCAAAGUUGAGAAGCAGCCACCCCCUUCAUGUGUGGACCAGAUCCAACUCUCUCCUCCACUGAGUGAUGGAAAACAACCAAGAGCCUCCAUCAGCUCAGAAGAAAAUGAUUCCGAGCGCACCAGCCCUGUGGCCUUGGAGAGCGUGGCUUCCUCGCCGCAGAACAAACCAAGCAGGCCUUGGCCAGGGAUGUCUCAUUCUUUGGAAAUCUGUGAAGGGCUUGACGACUGGUCCAGCAAUAACUACUUCUUGACGUAUUCUGACACUGAAGAGGAAGAUGGGAAUCAGCUGUCCCCAGGAAAAUAUAAAGCCUUGGCAGAUUGCAAGACGAGAGAUUCUGAGGACUUGCUGGUGAAAAACGGGGACAUGAUCCAACUGUUGCACGAAGAUGGAGAGGGGCAGUGGUUGGUCAAAAACCUCAACCGAAGAAAAGAAGGAUGGGUGCCUGUGAACAGCUUGCAAAUAAUCCUCGGGGACUGUCGGUUUCGGAAUGCUCGAGUUGCAGAUGCCGCCUUGUAUAAGACGAGAAAAUUAAGCUCCCCCUGAAUGUAAAGGGAGAACUAGUCUUAUGUCAUGUUUGAAUGCUGCGGUGGCAGUUUGAAGUGGUUGUUCAAGAGAGAGGACAUAACCGUGGUUGGAGAUCCAUCUCACUAUCUGUCAUCCAUCUGCAUUCGAUGCUUAUUACAGCUUCACCAACAUUCUUUGUGGCCAUCAACAGAAAUCAUAAGUUGCCAUCUCUCAUUUUUUUCUCCCUUCCACUAAUGGAAAAUAGGCUGCCAUUUUGUUUUGACAUGAACCGGACUUUCCCUGUCCUCUCCGUGACAUCCACUGAACUUCAUUUAAGAACAAAUUUGGUGGUUUCUGUGGCCUUCUUUAAGAUGCCUAAUGCUUCCCCUUGCAGGCACAAAAAGCUCUACUAUAUUUCUCAGCCAGCCACUGUGGUUGACUACACUUGCCUGUGUUCAGUUGCGUCUAGGCCAAAGAGUCGUAAUAAGCUAUGUUCAGUUGAUAUUGUUUCUGGAACAGGUGUGAAUGUAUCCCAACAACAUCAAUAUAUGACCAUCUUUUGGGCUGGAUGUUGCAAUAAUGUUGAGGAGUGAAGUCUCCUUUUGCACUAAGGGUCUGAUCUCAGUGCCCAGGAUAUCCAUAGGCUGUGGUUCAAGACCAUGUACAUUAACAACCUGGGAUUGUGAAAACUCACUUUGAGUUCCCCAGGGUUCCCAGGUAAUCUAAUAAGUGUCCAAGUUUACACUGUAAUUUUUUGGGGGGGGAACAGACGUGCCAUAACUGAGUUUGAUGUCCACAUUUGCACUAAAAAGUAACUUUGUCCUUUGUGCUAAGGCUGUACUCUACAGCAAAUUUAUUAAGAAUACUGUAAUGUUGGGAUGGGGAGAGUGUGUCCCCCCUCUCUUUUUAAAAAAAUGAAGUUUACAUAAUUUAUUUCCUGUUGUGUUUCUUCAUUUUUCUCUCUCUUUUCUGUCCCGAUGUCUAUACAGGUAGCUCUAUGUAUAAUGUGUGCAGUUCUCAUUUAUGAAUGCCAUCAAUAAACACAGGGUAGGUGUUGUGAUCAUGCUACUCACAACAGCCCAAGACAGAGAAUCUGUUGCAGGCAUGCAAAAGACAACGAAUAAAGUCUUGGUAAGCUGCUGCUGUUAAUUUUUCUCUCUCUUAUGCAACACAGCAGGGAAAAGGAGGACCUUUUUUAGAAAAAAAGAAAAAAAAGAUUGACAUAUUUUAACUUGUACGGGCACAGGACUUUGCAGUGACAGCACACAUUUCAGUAGCCGUGUGUGGGGGGGGGGAGGGGCUACUUUUUCUCUGCUCCUAUGGUCCAUUUUCAUAUUCAUCUAUAAUGCUAUUAAUUCCUGUCCAAUAUAUCAGUUCAACACUGUCUGUUUAGCAGUUUCACCACUCAACAAGGAAGUGAUACCAUAGACACAACACAUGAAUGAAGGGAUCCUAGAAAGUGUGAUACCCUUGCAUGAAUUCCAAAUGGAAUAUUCAUGUAUCUAUAAAACCCCAUCUAAAGUAACAUAUUAGUUAGAAGAUUAAAAAGGGAUUACUAUUUUUUCCCUUUAUUUUGUACUGUAGUUUCUACUACAGAAGGGCCAGUCUUGCCGUGGAGAUCACAUUUUUAAACUUCACACCUAAAUACUUAAUCUUGGCAACCACAAAACACAUAAUAAACCUUGGCCUUUUAAUCUUGUCUUCCUAGUUCUGAAUUGUACAUGCCUUUAUUUAUGAAGCUGGCUAGUUCUGCAAUUCUGAAUGUACAGUCUUAGGCUGCAAUCCUAUACCCACUUACCUGGGAGUAAGCUCCAACUGAGCUUUAGAAUUGCACUCUUAAGACUUUUAAAAACCUUGGACAAAUCUUUGAUGACAUCUUUAAAAGUAAACAGGUCUGUAAAAUGUAUAUGGUACUCCAAAAUACACCACAGGGGUUUCUGCCCUGCCUUGAAAUUUAAAUUAUACUGUAAAUGUACCUGUAAAAAUGUGUUAAAUCUAUAUUUAAAAAGAAUU